AUGGAGAAUUUGGAGAAAGAAUUCGCUGAUUUCUUUGUUGAAUGUAAAAAGCAAGGAUUUACGCCCACAGAUAUGCUUGCCAUAUGUCAGCCUUUGUUGCAACGUCGCUGCAACAGGUAUUUGGUGAUAGCAUGCGGUGCACUUGCCGCAUUUGGAGCUUUGUAUUUGCUCUACAGUUGGUGUGAAGAGUUUAGUUGGCUUGUCAGCGCUAUUGGACGGCUACUUCUCAUACAACUGUUACCCUACUGGAAUUGGACGCCAUUGUAUAACAGUCGCUGCCUCAUUGAACGUGCGGUGGAUGAUGUGAGCUCUUCAACGCCUGCAACAAAGACAUUGGGUCGUUACGAGACCGAGUCUGGAAAUUGUGUGCUCUGUGAAACACUGGAACGCAUACCAACCGCAUCGAAUAUAACAUUCUCGGCAUUGGAAUCACUGUACCUCGAACGAGGUUGGCCCGUAAUUGUAACCGACUCACAACAGCCACGCACACUUCAAACGAUACUCGAUGAAAUGUACAGAGCAGGAGGUGAUUUUCUAGAAAGCGAACCCUGUGAUGUCGCCACCAAUUUGAUGCUGAAAAAGAUCUUCAAUCUGGAGUUGGCUUUAGCGAAGAUUAAGGAUACUACAGCAGCGAACAGUAAGUGGUUCUUGCAAUUGCGUAAUUGCCAGAGGCAUGCGGUCAAAGCAUCACGACGUUUCGUCACACGCCCUUACUACUACCCGCUACACCUCGAGCCCUUCUACUCCAGCUGGGUGUUAAUGGCACAAAAUUAUGCCAACGAAGCGCUGCGUGAAAUCUAUCUACAAGGUUUGAUAUUCGUGCAACAGUUAAGUGGCUACUUUGAUAUGCGUCUACGCCCAAAGCAACCAUGUCUGGGUCCCUGUCCGGUGGUGAAUAUACGCUUGAGCGCUGGCGAAUGUUUGAUUUUCUCAACGGACUUGUGGACUUUCAGCUAUGGCAAUGAAGUGCUGGAGAGUAAAGUGGCUUCGGUGGCAACAGUGUUGGAAAUCGAUUGGCAGUUGUAAUUUGUGGAUCUUAAAAAUAAAUGCUAUUAACCG